AUGCGCACUGUAGAGGCACUGUUACCUCUAUCUUGCUGCUGUUUAAGCUGGAGACAAGCCCUAGAGGAAGCAAUUGAAGCAGGGUGUGUCCCUGUAGUUAUCUCCUUCUCUUGUGUGUCUCUUAUUGCCCGUCAGUCUCCAUCUCGUCGCGCAAUUCUUCUGUCUCUGCUCUCUCGUUGUGCCUCCAACUCUCUCUUUCUUGAUUUGUCUCGUUUAUCAGGGCCCCCCUCUCUUCAAGAUCCUGCAGGGCAGCUAGCAAGAGAGCUGCUGCAGCAGAUGCAGUUUGCUGCUGAUUUGUCUCUCGAUCUUCAAGCAUGGGUUGUUGCUCCUGGGGCCCUCGUUGCUGAACUACUCAGAUUAAUUAACAGAAGCGGAGACACUCUUCAUACACUUCAGCUAAGGGGGGCCCUCUUACAUAAACGUAUUCGAGCUCUCUUAGUCUCUGGCUGCAACCUAGGACCCCUCACAAGGAGACGCCUCUCUCCAAGCAUUGAGGCUCAGUGCGGCAGCAGCAAACCCCCCAGUAGCAGCUGCAGCAGCGACACAAGCAGCACCUACCCCACAAACCCUAACAUUCUCUUAGACAGAGCUGUCCAGAAACGGGCGGGAGACGAUCCCCGAGACGAUCCCGAUCCCCACACCCCACACUCCAGGCUGCGUGAUCCCUCGCCACCGCCUCAAGAGGCUUCAGAAGAAGCUUCUUCUCUCUCCGACACCCUACCGCCUUCUCCAGCAGCAGUAGCAGCAGCAGCAGCAGGCGUAGCAGCAGCAGCAGCAGCAGCAGGCGCCGCAGCAGCAGCAGCAGCAGGCGCAGCAGCAGCUGCAACAGCAGGGUCUGAUUCAUCACGUGCAGGGAGCCUGUGGGUAGACACAUCAAAGGAGAAUGGGAGCUGUCGAUCCCCUGACUGGGGAUCGUCUCCAGCGGAGACACCUCAACUGUCUCCUCACGGACAGCGACGCCGCUGCAUCUUCUUCUUACCUAAAUUAAAAUGCAUAACCUUAGAGGGCUUUCAGCUGCUUGAGUUUUUUGAUCUUCCCCAGCUAGAAGAGAUAUAUAUAACUCUUAGCUCGGAGGCUCAGUGGCUGGAGUCUCUUGCUGCUGCACAGGAGAGAGCAGCAGCCCUGUCUCCCUACAGGUGGGGGCCCCCCACCUGCCUUCAGGUGUCUCCUCAUUGCUUGUGGGGCCCCGAGGCCUCCUUCGCUCACCCUUGUCUAGCUCUUAGGUUUUUAGCUCUGCACGGGUCUCAUAUACGCACGCUGCAGAUUGCAGGGUUCAUGAAGCCCUCAGUCAGAAGCGAGAUAGGUAGAUGGGUAGCAAGAGCUCUCGCAGCUACCUACAAACACCAGCAGCAGCAGCAGCAGCAACAACAACAACAGCAGCAGGUGCAGCAGCAGCAGGGGAAGGAGGAGGAGCAGCAGCAGGAGCAGCAGCAGCGGAGGAGUCUAGCUAGCACUGAAGGUGCUUCUGCUGUAAGCGGAGACAGAGGAGACUUGUCUGCCGCAGGAGACGUCGGGGUGUCUUGCUGCGAGUGCCGCUCACAGCAACAGCAGCAGCAGCAGCAGCACGAAGGGACAGGGAUUUCGAGUCUGGUGCGCUGCUGCAGGAUGGAGGAGUUGCUGGAGGUGCGAGUUGAGGAGACAGCUUUCUUAGUGUUUGUGUCUCCUCCUCAUGUGCAGCAGCUCGAAGUAAAUGUCUGCAGCAGUGGGGACUGGCUGCUGCUGCUGCUGUUCCUGCGGCUGUACGGGUCGCAGCUGCAGCAGCUGACGGUGUGGGGUGAGGAGGUGUCUCCUCUCUCUCUAUCUCCUCCCUCCUCGUCGGGGGCCCCUAGCGGGGGUUUGCUCAGUGCUGCUCGCGUGCCUGUGGAGACAGAGCAAUUAAUAUCUUUCAUGAAGACAAGAGCCCUGCUUGAGGGUGAAGGGGGGCCCCAAGGGGGCCCCUAUGAAGGCAAGCAGAGCUGCAAAUACACCCCAGCAACAAGAAUGUCUCCUCCCCCCCUACACUACCCUAUCAGCCUCCCACAACUCAGGUGUCUCCUUUGUCCUAGCUGUCUCCUUCCGGAGCUCUGCUCCAACAGCAAAGAUCUGCUGCCUAGUCUAAAGCAUCUAGACACCUGGGGAGACAGCAGCAGGAUAAAGGCAUUCCUCAAGCAAAAGAGACAGUUGAAGACAGUUAGGGUGCGGGGGAUCAGCAGCAGCAGCAUCAGCAGCUGCAGCAGCGCAGACGAGCUGCUCGCAUGCAGCAGAGACACUCUUUUAGACAGCAGCGGCAGCAGCGGCAACCUCCUCACCACCAGCAACAGCAGCAGCAGCAGCAGCAGCAGCAGAAAUCGAAACAGCAGCAGCUGCUCUUCUCUGCGUGGGGGCCCCUACAAGCCCCAAGGUAUAUCCUGGCACUCAUCUUCUUCUGCAUUUUCAGUAGAGGCGGAGACACUCGAGCAGUUUGAAGGCCCCGGGUGUAUAUUGAGGUCCUGGAGUCUCUGCCCUAGGCUGCUGCGUCUUGAACUAACAGAACAAGCAGAGUUAGCAGAUGCAUUUCUUCUUAGUGGGGGGGCCCCUAAGUUGGAGACGCUUUUAUAUGGGGGCCUCUUAAAAGUGAUGCAGCAGGACCUCUCAGCAGCUUGUAGAGGCCUUAGGUGUCUGAGGCUGCUGCAUGCAUUUGCCCUUGACUUAGCUCAAUUAACAGACAACAACUCUCCACCACAAACAACAGCAACAAUAGCAGCAGCAGCAGCAGCAGCAACAGCAGCAGCUGCAGCAACAACAGCAGCAGAAGCAGCAACAGCAGCAGCAGCAGCAGCAGCAGACGAACCAACAAGGGACAACACGAUCUCCCCCUCUCAAACCCCCUUUAAGGUCUCCGAAGCCUCUGCGCUUCCUGCAGCAGCAGCACGUCAACCCCGUGGGGGCCCCCAUGGGGGGCCCCCUGUAGGGCCCCAUGUUGGGGGGCCCCUUGGAGGGCCCGCUGAGGGGCCCCCUGUGGGGGGCCCCCUUGAGUGGGGGCCCCUUGAGGGGGAGACCCUUGAUGAGGGGCCCUUUGAUGAGGGGCCCUUUGAUGGGGGGCCCCUUGAUGAGAGGCCCCUUGCAGAGCCCGUUGGGGGGCCCCCUAGGGCCCCGUUAUUGGGGGCCCCUAAUGAGAGUUUAGGUAAGCUUGAGGAGCUGGCUUAG